UUUGGCAUCGAGUACAAGUGCAUGCCAACAACAAUGUUUAUUUUUUGCUUUUAUUCGUUGGAAAUUCCGUAAAAACGAAUAAAAUCUUGUGUUUUUUAACAACAUAAGAUAUAUUUUUACAUGAGUAUAGUGAAGUGAAUAACAACGAAGUUCUAGCGUCGGAAGCAUAGAAACAAAAAAUCUGAAAUCAAAAAGUGAAUCAGAAUUUUUCCAGCGCACACACACAGACACACGCCCAGCAUACACACAAACACAAUACAGAGUUGUUGUUGUUGUAAAUAAGUGCAAGUGAAGAAGAAGCAGAAGCAGCGAUCGGAAAAUUAAGUAAAAUCUAGCAGAGACUGCAGCUAACACGCUUCGCUGGCUGAGCGACAGCAGAACGCCAGUCAAGCGCCAAAAACCAUUAGCGUAGAACACCCAUUUCCAUUUCCAGCUGGAGCGGCACUAGAAAAAAGACCAAAGAUAAUUAGCCGGAAUGGAGCUGAAAGUUUGGGUCGAGGGCAUUCAGCGAAUUGUUUGCGGCGUUACAGUGAACACCACAUGUCAGGAUGUGGUCUUCGCUUUGGCCCAUGCCACCGGAAAAGUGGGAAGAUUCACUUUGAUCGAAAGGUGGCGCAAUAAUGAACGCCAUUUGGCACCCAACGAGAAUCCCAUGAAACUGUUACUAAAAUGGGGCGAGUAUGCAAAUGAUGUGCAGUUUAUAUUACAACGAUCCGAGAACAAAACGCAGCAGCAACAACAACAACAACAACAACAGCAGCAGCAACAACAAACCAACAAUAACAACAACAAUAACUAUGCUGUGAUGACAACGAAAAAGCCGCUGGGCCCAAACAAUAAUAAUAAUAAUAGCAACAAGCCAGCGCCCACAUUGCUGAAGCAAAAAUCGAACGUCGAACUCAGCUACCGCACAAAGGAAUUGAAAAAGAGUUUUGGGGGCUACGAUGCCAAGCAGUUUGAUAACAUUGGAAUUGUUAAAGGGAUUCCUCAGCAGCAGCAACAACAGCAACAGUUGCAGUCGCAAUCUCCGAUUUCAGGGGCUAUGGUGCUGCCACCAAUGGUUUCACAGGAGCCGCUGCCACCACAGGGCAACAACAAUGUGGCGGCGCCACUGCUGCCAAAACAUGAGAAAUCGCUGUCGAAUCCUCUAGACAUGAGCAGCACGGGCACAGGCACUCCACCGACCACAGCAAAUGGCUACAACGACUUUUACAACAAUAACAGCAGCAGUAAUCAGCAUAUCUACAGCCAGCUGAGCAAAUCCAGCAAUGAACUGCGACGCUCUAGCCCCAACGAGCUUUACUACAACAACAAUAGUAAUAAUAUCAAUAACAACAAUAACUCACCGGAGCUGUAUAAGCAAACACCGACGAUUUCCGCAAAUGGAGCCUUAGUGCCGCCACCAUAUCGUGAUCCUCCGCCACCAAGGAACAGUCCCAUGUGCCAGGGUCAGCGUUUGGCCAGCAGCAAUGCGGACACCAUGUCCAAUGCCUCCUCCUCGACGAAUCCAUUCCUCAGUGACUACGAUCAGCACAGCAACCACAAUAACAAUAGCAUUAAUAAUAAUAGCCAGGCCAUGGAGGAGGGCGAGACCAUGUUCCAGGCCACGCAAUACAACGAUCUGCUGCAGCUCAUCAAGUUUCAGCGGGAGAAGAUCACAGCCCAGCAAAUGGAAUUGCAAAAGUUCGACUCGGAAAUAGUAUAUUUAGAAAGUAAGGAACGCGAUCACGCCCACGAAUUAGAGGCCAUUUCGCGUGAGAUCUCCAAAGCAGAUCAAAUCUUUCGACAAGGCAGCGAGCAGCUGCAGACUCUGCAGUAUGUGGAGGAGGAGAACGAACUGGUCAAGCAGCAGGAGAAAACCCUGAAGUCGGAGAUUGCUCUCCUCCGCUCCAAGUUGGCCAAUUGCGAGACUGAGCUGCUACAGUGCAAGAACAAAAUGCGUCUGCUGAUGGACGACAUUGAGCUGGAGCAACAGCAGCAGACCAAUAGGCAAACCGUGGAACGUGACUUCUUAAUGGAAAUGGAGCGGAUACAGAGCGAAAUUGAUCAGGCCCUGCACAAUACUGACACUUCGAACAAGACAGCAGAUACUUUGAAGAAGGAGUUGCUGAUGAUUGAGCACGCCAUUGCCGAUAAGAAGCGUCAGGUGGAGCAGCUGGUCAACGAGAUGAAGGAGGUGAACUUGCAAAGUCUGACGGUGACCACCACAGAGGAGAUCAAGCAUUUGCUGGAGGGACCCAACAAGCAGGGCAGCAGUCGUCGGAUAAUCGGGUCACCCAGGCAACUGGAAACUGCUGUCCCGACCAGUAAAAAUCCUCACGGCGUCUGGGUUUAAGACACACCGGCAUCGAAACUAUUUUUCUAAACAUAUUCCGCCUCCUCCAACAAAAAUGAUGAUUUUGGGAACAAAAUUGAAGAACAUAUCUUGAAUGCAUAAUGGAGUUGACACACAACGGAUUCCAAUAUGAAUAUCACAAUUUUACACAAUAUUCUACACAAAUUUACAAUGAUCAAUGUGUUUGGUUACUGUUUAAGUAUGCUUGCAUUCUACACACACACUUUAUGGAUCUCUCAACGCAAUGAUAAAUGUUACAAAUUGGUAAUCACAGCCCACUUACAUAUGUCUCAACAUUCUGCACGUAUUUUAAUGUACAAACGGAGUCCAUGUCCCUAAUUUUAAUAUUGUGUGCUAUACUUCUGUUUUACUUUUGUUGCUAGUCUACGUGUUAACAAAAACCCUUUCCAAUCUCUACAAUUCGCCAUUAGUUGUUAAUUUAACAAUGAAACUUAAUUGUUGCAAUAAUUCGAAUGUAACGAAAAUUGAAACGCCUUUUUACCAUUUAAGUAGUGCACUUAGUGAUUUGUCUCCCACAGAAUGAUUCUAUAUAGAAUUCACAGUUCGAAUUACACAAAACUUAUUGUACUUAGCAAUUAGCGCAGCUUUAACAAAAAAUUACAAAUUAGCAAUGCUUUGUUGAAAAGUUUCACUUCUAAAGUGCUUAGCCUUAGCCACCGGAUAUCGAAACACAAGACCGAAGCAUUAAUAAUUGCAAAAGUGUCACACAUUAGUAUUUGAUGCUUACUUUGUAGGAUUUAAGGCAUACAACUAAAAGACAACUCUUAAGUCGUUUCUGUGUAUUAUGUUUUUAAUUAGCAUUAUUUAAUAUUUACACAAACUGAUAGUUAAACAACAAAAACACCAACCGAAAUGCAAUUUAUUAAAUAAUAUACUGUACUAUUAACUUUAAACUAAAAAGGUUUUAGAACAAAUUCUAAUUUCAUUAUAUCUAAUUAGCUAAUAAACACAUUUUUAUGAUUUUUUCUUUAAAACUCGAAAAUGAAA